UGAAAGCACUGAGCUCACUCCCGACGAGUCAGAGGCUGUCCGCACUUACGAUUAAAUAUUAGUCAAAGAGUUGACGGGAAAGCGAAACCAGCCGAGUAACAGCCGGGAAUGCUAUAAAAACCCCCCGGCGCUGAGCGGGUAUGUCGGACACACUGCUGUAAUCUAAGCGGAGGAGCUAGAUCUCAUCGCGGGCUGGAUGCGAUAAGCUCUAAGGCAUUAUAGGUGCACCGGAGUCUUCCGACGACAUGGAAGAUAAAUAGUUGUCACAUCACUUUGGAUCCAACUGAAGUCAUGAAUGCAAGUUGGAAAAACUGCUUGGAAGAGGAGCUGCUGUGUCCCAUCUGCCUGAAUGUUUUCGAAGAACCCAUCCAGCUGCCGUGCAAGCACAACUUCUGCAAGGGUUGCAUCUCGGAGGCCUGGGCCAAAGACAACGCUGCGGUCCGCUGUCCCGAGUGCAACCAUGACUACAGCCAGAAACCCACACUGGAGAAGAACUUUAAGCUUGCCAACAUAGUCAAGCGGUUCAAUGCGUUGAACACUGAGAAAGUCCCUGCUGUGCUGCAGUGUGUCCUCUGCAGACGAGGCCCCCCGCUGCCUGUGCGGAAGGUUUGUCUGCGCUGCAAGGAGCCCUGCUGCCAAACUCACAUCCAGACGCACCUACAGCAGCCGUGUGCAGCCCCGGGACACCUGUUAGUUGACGCCGAGGAGCUGAGCGCUUGGACCUGUCCCAGUCAUGAGGAGUACAGACUACUCCACUGUGAGGAAGAGCAGGUGGCUCUGUGUCCAUUCUGCUGCAUCUCUCACUGCACUAACCAAAGACAUACAGUCUGCGACGUGGACACACAACGCAUUCAAAUGCAGGCCAUGCUAAUGAGGCAGCAAGACAGACUGGAGGGUCGUGUUCAGAACAUCGAUGAGCAGCUCACCAAGCUGGAGUCAGACAAGACACUGAUGAAGGAUGCGGUGUCUGAACUGAAGGAGCGUGUGAGAGCCCAGUAUCAGAGGAUGCAUACGCUGCUAGAAGCGAACCAGGCUGAAACCAUGCAAAUGCUGGAGAGCACUUGCAACAUGUAUGUGAGGAAAAACUCCCAGCAGGUUCUGCAGCUCAACGAGAGGCGCCAGGAGGCGGAAAAACUUCUGAGCUCAGUGCAAACCUUCUUCCAGAGGGCGGACAGCAUUAACUUCAUCAAGAAUACAAAACCAUACCAGCUGCUAAUAGACAGGUCAAACACACACCUGAAUAGUCCCAUCCCUCAGCUUAGAGUGGGCCAGCUCAACUCUCAUCAUUUGCUGUCUGAACUCUCAACGAGAGAGAAGAACCUGCGCAAAAUGCUGGAAGAACCGUUCAGCGAGGCACCCAUUCUUGAGAUUGUCCAGCCUCACAGCAGCUCUGCUGGCUCCCAGAUGGGGACUAGUUCAGGACUACAGAAGAGGAAAUACAGCAUGGCCUUCCUGGGUAGUAACUCAGAAAACUCCACCUCCCAGGAUUCUUCACCUUUGGUCUACGGCGGCAAAAAACCCUUCCUGUCUGACCAGAGCCAUCGUGCUUCAUCCAUGUACUCGUCUGAAGGCAUCUCCCAAAAUCCUCACACUGGCCCCAGCCAUAGUCGGCUCCUUGACGCUUCGCCCCAUCAUAUUGUGGGUCUAGGGUCCAGCUCUAGCCACCACUCAGGGACCAUAUUCACCCCCUCCCACUUCCCCAGCGGAGGUGCCUCUCAACAAGCCAUGUACGAAGGAAGGAAAGUACUGAUGUGCAAUUUGAAUAACUGCUGCUGCUCCAGGGCCCCCGCUGCUCGUGCCCGGCCUCCGUACCCAGCGUUGGACUCCUUCCCCUCCAUGACCUCUCAGGAGUUUCCCCCACAUGCCCCGUUACCUGCAAGCCAGCCGCUGCAGCAUUUUCCCAUCAGGGGACUGAUGGAAGCUUCACAGACAGCCAGGCAGCCUGACUUCUAUGGACUGUAUGGCCAGUCUUCAACCAAGCAUUAUGGGACCAAGUAAUAAAUCAGAAUCAGUUUGUUCCUUCUUAUUCAGAUUGGCAUCAGAAUUUACAUGUUAGCUUUUUGUUAAUUUCCUUUUUGGUUCAGAGGUAUGUUGUCAACUUUAUGUCUCCAGUACGCCUCUAUGAUAAUGUAUUAACGUUUCCUGUCCCUUUGAGAAACCGUACCCUGUUAGCUUUGGUUAGCCCUGUUUACUUUCCGAAUCACAGUGACAGCAGUAAUCGUCUAAUUUGAAAAUGUUUUGUAUUUUUAUUUAUUUUCCAUUUUAAUUCGACUGGAAGUGCUAAUGUGAAUAACGGAGUCUUAAAUCCACUCAAGCAGUGAACUAAAAAAAAAAAAAAGCAACAUAUCCUUCAUCACAUGUGGGACUCUAGAGACUUCAGUGCCUAAAAAGACUGUUAACACGCUCUUAAUGUACUUGCAAGUUCCUAGCUCUUGAUUAUUUCCUGUUUGCGGCUGAAAGCAUGCAGGGAGCCUCUCCAUGCACUCCAAAGUCCACGUGGCUUUAAAGACACACUGGACUACAACUGCUUGUCAGGUUUUUCAUGAAUUUUUAUAUAAGAUUAUGAAUAAACCAAAACCAGUGGAAAAUAUUGAAUAAACAAACAUAUAAAAUUACAUUGUGUUGUAUUUUAAGCAUUGGUUUACACAUUUGAAUGUAAUCUUGUGGGGUUUUUAACCAUACUUUAAACCAGGUGACAUGUUUAUUAUUUUAAACAUUAGGUUUUAUUAUAGUUUGAGGUUUGUCUG